AUGGCGCACCUACUCCGUGGCAAGCAAGCAGGCAUUCAAAACGAUCUGUCUUCUGGCAUCUCAUCCGAACUCUUCAACAUCGAUGAUCUCGCCCGCCUCGGUGUCAACUCACAGAUAGCAUGUCUCUCUUACGAUCCGGUCCAGUCCAUUUUGGCGGUUGGAACGAAGAGCUCACAGUUUGGCCCCGGUCAGAUCUACCUUUUUGGUCAGAAGCGUGUACAAGUCACACUUGCCCUGCCAACCCGAGGAGCUAGUGUGAAGGCCCUACAUUUCUGUGCCGAGAAGCUGGUCUGCCUCGAUACGAAACAUGCGCUCUCUGUGUAUUCGCUCGAGUUGAAGACCCUCCUAGCCAGUCACUCUCCACCAGGCGUAGUCACGGUGCUAUGUACGGACCCCAUGCUCGAUUAUGCCCUGUUAGGCAUGCAGAGCGGCGAGGUGCUGGCAUACGACAUGGAUCGAGAAGCACUCGCCCCAUUCAAGAUUCCAAAUCUCUGGCUCGAAGUCGAUCCGCGAGCCAGACUGUCUCCGGUGGUGACUCUGCAGCUGCACCCGCGAGACGUAGGUACGCUCCUGAUCGGCUAUACACACGGCGCCGUCAUAUACAGUUUCAAAUUGGCCAAAUCGUUGCGCUUCUACCAGUAUGAAAUCCCACGAGGAGCGCCCGGCGGAGACGGCGAUCCUGCGAUGAGGAACGUGGCGCGGCGGCCGAAGCUGACACAGGCAACAUGGCAUCCGAGUGGGACUUUCAUCGUUACUGGCUACGAAGACAGUUCGCUUGUCUUUUGGGACACGCUCAAAGAUGGGCGUAUGAUCAUGGCGAGGACGCUAACGGAUACCAACAUCUUGCUACCGGGCACCUCAAACAGUAACAUAAACCCGACGGCAGGUCCGACGGCAGUAAAGGAGCCAUUGUUCCGUGUUGCCUGGUGCGCCAACCAGAACCCAGAAGAUACAGCUAUCCUAAUAGCAGGCGGACAGUCUACACAAUCGCCAACGAAAGGUUUGACACUUCUCGAGCUAGGUUUGACGCCGACGUACACGACUAGCAGCUGGGAGUUCUUGGCUCAAUUCUUCGAGACACCCAAGCGGCAGCGCAUCCUACCUACACCGCCGGGCGCGGAAGUAGUUGAAUUCUGUCUCAUUCCGCGUUCCGACCCACACUUCGCUGGCGCUCACGAUCCCAUAGCUAUCAUAGCUUUACUUGCUGUCGGAGAGCUUCUGACGCUGACAUUCCCAUCUGGCAUGCCUAUUACUCCCACUAAUCAACUACACCCUUCCCUAACCUUUGUGUCUCCAUUUCUGAAACGCGUCAAUGUCGCACAGAUGGGCAGAGAGCGUUGGCUUGGGAUGACUGAGCGAAGACAGCAAGGUCCACCCAUGUUACGCGGCGGCGUAGAGUUGCCGAGGCAUCUGCGAAGGUAUGAAAGCCGGAAUAUUGUUCAGACUGCGCAUGCCGACGGCACCAUUCGACUAUGGGACGUUGGGCAUGGAGAUGAAGUAGAGAAUGAGAAGUUGCUCCAGGUGGACGUCCCGCGUGCACUGGGCCGCUUCAGCAACGUCGACAUUAGCUGCGUCAGUCUUGCAGGCGCCAGUGGUGAGCUUGCGGUAGGCUUGCGGAGUGGUGAGCUCGUCGUCUUCCGCUGGGGAAACAAUCGUAAUGCUGGGAAGGAGGUGGGACUUGUCAGGCAGGAUCAGCUGGGCGUCCUGAUCAACGUCACUGACCGCGUCGAACCCUCACUGUCCGAAGGCAUGGUGCCCGUUACACUACUGAACCAGCAAGAUGGCCCCGUUACAUCUGUGCGUAUGAGCGACGUAGGGUUUGUGGCUGCAGCUUUCGAAGGGGGAGGCAUUAUUGUCCUUGACAUGCGAGGGCCUGCUAUCAUAUAUCGCGGCUCGGUUCACGACAUGAACAAGGGCCAUAGCAAGGGUACUCUACGAAAGCAUGCCAGCAGCGGUCCGGGAGCGAAACCGGAGUGGGUGACGCAAAUGGAGUUUUCCGUCAUGAUGCUGGACGGAGAAGACUACAGCAGCAUACUGUUGCAUGUUGGGACCAAUCUCGGCCACUUGGGGACCUUCAAGAUAUUGCCCGAUCCGAGCGGACGAUACACGGUGCAGCAUGCAGGAUCUCUCGUGCUGAACAACAAGGUCGUCCAUAUUGCGCCCAUCAGCGCAGAGACUGGAAAGCCGGCGUUAGCGUCACAGGUCGCUGUGAGCGGCUUGCGAUCAGGCAUCAAGGUCAAUGGCGCUCUUGUCGCGGUAACGGCUACAAGCGUACAUGUCUUCCGGCCGGCGGCGAACAAAGGUGCUCACAAGUCAUUUGAUGGCUUCUUCUGCGACUCAGCGAGCGUGGUACGACACCAGGAUCAAGGCUACGUACUCGUCGGCCUUUUCGGCGACGGUAAUGCGCGAGCGUACAGCUUACCUGCGCUUCGCGAGGUUGCCGCCGUCUCGGUUGCCGAUAAGCUCGAUGUCCGCCGCUUCCCAGAUGCUGUGAUCACGCCGACCGGCCACAUUCUAGGCUUCACAGGACCUUCCGAGCUUGCCCUCCUCAAUAUAUGGGGCACUGGCGAGCCCCUCAAUCCUGGAAGGGACAAGAUCUUCGAGCCUGCCGCCCUCAUACCGCCACGACCGACUAUCUCUGCGGUGUCCUGGGUAACCGGUACACAGUACGUCACCCCCUCUGACAUGGACAUCUUGAUUGGCGGGCCUAAUCGUCCUCCAAGCAAGCGCAUGAUUGCGCAAGCGAAGGCGGAGGAGGAGCAGCUUCGGCGACAGGGCCGAGCGGGUAUGAACACGCAGGCUGCUGCCAUUGCGGGCCAGCAGGAGAGCUAUUGGGAUUACAUGCAGCGACAGAUCCAAGAACGCACGGAGAAGCUAGGUUUGGUGGGCGAUAGUAUGCAGAGCUUGGAGGAGAACAGUGCAAGCUGGGCGGACGAGGUGGGCAGCUUCGUUCGCCGGCAGAAGAGAAACGCUGCUACUGGAAUCAUCAAAGCAAAGUUCGGACUUUGA